GCCUCUCAGCUGCUGCGCGGCGGCGGCGGCUGCUGCUGCUGCAGACCGUCUUCGAGGCUUACCCUAGUGGGGCCCCAAGGGGGGCCCCAAGGGGGGGCCCCAGCGGGGGCCUCCGGGCCCGCAGGGCUAACCCUUUGUGGCUGCUUCCCCUGGGGGCCCCCCUCAGGGCCUGGAUGGAAGCUGCUGCUGACCGCGGCCCCGGAUGGGGGCCCCCCUUGCCCCACCAGUUGUCUUUGUCGCAGCGGCGGCUGCUCUCGAGCUGGCUGGGGGCCCCCUGCACAAGGCUGGACCUCAGCUCUGUGUUCCAGGCGCUGCAGCAAAGUGGUGCAGCAGCAAACUGCGAAGAAGCAGCAGCGCUGCUGGAAGGCUUUUUGCUGUCGCUUGACCUCAAGCCCCCCGAGCUGGACAAGCUGGACGAGCAGCUGCAGCGGGCGGGGGAUUGGGGCCAGGGAGGGCCCCUGCGCGGCCCCCCGGGGGGCCCCCCAGGCCUGCUGGGGGGCCCCUUCGGGGGCCCCCGCGAGGCAGACUGCACCAGCGCUGCUGCUCUGCUGGCCAUCCCGGCCUUCAUUGAGGCCCUCACUCUCAAUGGAGUCGAAGCUGGGGCCCGUGUUGUGGCUCCUUUGAUGGCUCAGCUGAAUGAGCAGGCCCGCAGUUUGGCGGCGGCGCUGGACUUGCCCUCAGCAGCAGAGUUCAGCCAGGAAAGCAGCAGCAGCAGCAGCAGCAGCAGCAGCAGAGGGGGGCAUCUCAGAAAGCUCUCGCGGGAACAGCUGCUGCAGCAGCGAGAAGAGUUCUUGAUGCUUCUGAACACGAUCGAGAGGCGACUGCUGGUGGCUGUCACCGAGACCCUAGAAGGCUCAAUUUUGGGGGGCACUGCCCUUCACGCGCGGCGGCUGGCCCCGGAGCCUGAGGGGCCCCCCCCCGCAGAUGAUGAAGAAGCUGCAGUGAGGACUUUUGUGGAAGCCCAGAUGUUUCUGCGAGACCUCUUUCACACCAUGCGGAAGACCCUACAGCUGCCGGGGGCCCCCGGGGGCCCCCAGAGGGCCCCUCUAGGCCUCGCCGCGCCAGCCCCCGUGGACCAGGUGGGGGCCCCCAUUCCAUUUCCUUCUUUCUCGGACUUGAUGUCCACGCCGGGGGGCCCCCAGGCUGCGUCUGAGGGCGGGGAGGGCGCCAUCCUGGCGACCCCCAGCGCGCUUGCUGCUGCUGCUGCUCGUCUGUACGCAUUUUUCCUAGUUAACUGCUUCGGGAGGGCCCUGCCGGAGUCUGUGAAGCUGCGGAUCUCCAGGGGCCUCAACGCCCCCGCUGCUGCUUCUCUGAGGAUUACUCGAGAAGACUAUGAUGGCAGUUUGAGGGCGGAGUGGGCCCUUCACAUUCACCCUGACAUCCAGCAGCUGCCUUUACUGGGUAAGCCUGUGGCCGCAGCAAAGGGCCUUGUGCGCAUUUGCUGCAGUUCUUGUGGGCAUUUUGACUUGGGCGCAGCAGCUUUCCCAGGCCUUCUGACUCAGCCGCUGCAGCCUCUUGUGGCCUCUUCUGUGUGCAUGCAUGCACCAAAAAUGCUGUCUUCUCUGAUGGCGCUUGACACGCCUGUGUGUGCACGCAUGGAAAAUCGUGCAGAGUGCUUUCGUAUGUGGGCAGGAGUGCUCGAAGCUCCAGAAAUCUUUUCGUGGCUUUCUUUGGUCUUCUCUAGAGAGCUUCUUGCUUUAUAA